AUGCUUUACGGCAGUGUCGCAAAUCAUAAUGUAACGUUACUCAUGGAAACUAGCUCACGGCCGGAGUUUUGUUUACACUCUUGGGGAGCCAACAGCUACGGGCAGCUGGGACAGGGACAUGUGGAGGACCUGUCAGAGCCCCGGCUCUCUGACACCACUGCUCUGCAAAACAUGGCAAUACGGGCUCUCAUCGGCGGCGGGGGUCACUCGGUGGUUAUCACGGAAAAUGGAGAGGUGUUUGUGUGCGGACAGAAUCACCGAGGCCAGCUGGGUCUUGGUCACAAUGUAGACAUCUCAACUCUUCAACUCUGCCGCAGCCUGACUCAGAGGGUCACAACAGUAGCCUGUGGUUGGGAUUUUACUCUUCUUCUCAGUGAUUGUGGUCGAGUACUGGCAUGUGGCUCCAAUGCAUUUGGACAACUAGGUGUUGGGCAAAAAGUCACACACUGUGCAGAUCUACUGGUUGUUGAGAGUCUGAAGGAGCCAGUGUUGAGUGUAGCAGCAGGACUCCGACAUUCACUAGCUGUUACUGUCUCAGGCUGCGUAUAUCAGUGGGGAAGUGGUCUUUUUAAUCACGCUAAGAGAGCACUCAGUCCUUGCCCUGUCCCAUCACACCUCAGCUCUACGGUACCAUCUCUCGUACCCGGUCUGGAUCAUAAGACCUCACGCAUGGUAACUUCAGGCUCAGCGCACUGUGUUUGCCUUACUGGAGACGGUGAUUUGUUUCUGUGGGGAAGCAACAAGCACGGCCAGCUGACCACCGCACAGCCCUUCCUGUCCUCUCCCACUCUUGUAAAGCGCUCACUGCUAGGUGGAGAGAAAGUUAUCAGGGUGUGGAGCGGCUGGACACACAUUGUUGCUCAAACAGAGAGUGGGAGAGUGUUCACAUGGGGCAGAGGAGAUUAUGGACAGCUGGGCCGACAAGCAUCAACCAGUCAGAACCCAGAGCUGCAACCGACUGUUCCUUCAGCUGGAAACCAGGAGGCUUGCCUCCCUACAGAGGUUAAUGUCCUCCGUGGAGCGACACAGAUCGCAUGCGGAUCUGAACAUAACCAUGCCAUUGUAGGGGGUUGUCUUCUCUCCUGGGGCUGGAACGAACAUGGAAUGUGUGGAGACGGUUCACAGAGCAACGUCUUUCAGCCACAGCUCGUUUCUGGUCUCACACCUCUUCUAAUUGGCUGUGGAGCCGGACACUCUAUGGCAGUGUGCACUGUGACGACUGACUCAAGACAAAACUCAGCAGUGACCCUACCUCAGUAACAUCAGAGCUGGAACAUUUAUUUAGCACAAGGCAAUCGAAGACAAAAAACCUGAAUAACUUUGUGAAUUAACAAAUUUCUGACUGAUUUGGGGUGCUUAUUGGUGCCUUGCAAAGCUCACAUCAGUAUUCUAAGUGCCUUUGAAUAUACUGUAACUUUCACCUUUUUAAUAGGUUACUUGAGCUCCUUGAAAAGAUCCGGCUUUAAACUGCAGUCACCAUAAAUAGUGUGGUGGACACAGGCUGAGUUAUGUUACAUGUGGACAGAAGCCAUCAUUUCUCUGACCAGCCCAUCACUUUGAUGGACAUGAUUGGGGCCGAUAACUUUGCAGGAAAUGACCGUGCCUGUGGCUCCUGGUCCACCUGCCAUGUUUGUCUUUCUGAAGAAAGCCGUUAAGAAUCAUGUGAGGGAUGGGCUAGACUAGUGCUAUAGCUCCAUCUUCCCAUGUCAGCAGUUUUAUUGCUGCGAUCCUGAGUGUCAGAAGGCAGUCAAUCUCUGCACUUCGUACUGAAAAUCCCUUGGUCAUCUCAUGAUUUACCACUUAAACAGACAGUGAGUGCAGUAUUUUUUCUUUGGCAACACUCCAUCACUUAUUUAUAUUCUUGGCAGUCUGUCAUAUUCUUUGAUGUUCCGUUUGUCUCAUUUCCACCACUUUCAUACUCUCUACUUUAUUAAUCCCUCUUGGGAGAAAUUUGUCCACUGCAUUUGACCCAAUCUACAUAUUUAUGAGCUUUAGGCAGCCGCAGUGCAGCAUGCAGGGACCAACUACAGGUCUGAAGCCAGUGUUAUGGUCAAGGGCAAUGGCAGGACUCAAUGGUUAAAAAAGUUUUUAUUUUAUCCUUAUGAUUUAUGCAAAUAUAAAAAAACAUAUGACUGAUUUAUGCUUUAAUAAAAGUUGAAUUAAUGUGCUUAUAUCUGGAUUAGUUUGAAAAAUAAAUCAACACUCGUUGAAAAUGAUCAUUUCUGUGUUUUCUUUUAUUUAUCACUAUUUAUUGUACAAGCCUGAACUGUGUCGGUCAAAAAAGACACAAAAAAUUCCGAAACAACAAACCAAUCAAAACGAUCACUGAACACCUUAUUGAGAUAACUAACCACAAAAUGCAAGGUGUUCAAAACACACAUUCUCAAGUCUCACUAAACGGCACAUUAGUUGCCUCUUAGUUGUGUUAUUGAUCCGUUUAAUAACAGAUGCUGUUAUUGUUCCGUGUCGGACAACGAUUAGCACACUGUCCCCCCAUUUGUUCUCAGCUCUACUGACAGAUUCAGAUCUGCUGUACCUGAUCUGUAACAGAUCUCAGUAGGUUGUUGGCAGUGUGUUUGCAGUUGUUUGGUAAAAAGGUGGUCCCUUUUCACUUACUUAUCCACACAAAAAAAGAAGCUGUUCUCUGUACUCAAUGGCCUUCCUCUAGGUUUUUAAUUAGGUAUGCUCAUUACUUGCCUUUAGAAACUGAUCCGUAUGGGGGUCCUUAUUGUAUCUUUGUGCUUUUUGAGUAUCUAACUGACUUGUUUUCAAUGGCUGGUGACAGAUGACUAAUGUCAAAUAAAAUUACAUUAAUUCAUCAUGUUAGGUUAAGCUAUACUCCUGAAUGGUAAGAAGAAUUUGCAUAACAGAGGCACUUGUCCAGUAUGUGUGUUAUGUUUUGGCAAUGGUUAGUAUUGCAUACUAUGCCAAUUUGCAUGUGUGCAGAAAUUAAAAUGUACUACAGAAUAAUU